AUGAAGAAGGCAGGGCUUACCAGCGAGGACAUGGGCCGCGCGGGCGAGGAAAAGCGCGACUGGGUGGCUGUCCAGCAGCGCACCUUCACGCGCUGGGUCAACCAGCAGCUGGCCCGACGGGGCGGCCAGAUCACCGACCUCCUGCAAGAUCUGCCCGACGGCAUUCACCUCAUCCAUCUCGUUGAGGAGCUCUCUGGUGCUCUUCUCAAAGGGUACUCGGGCCGACCGCGUAUGCGGUUCGAGAAGCUGCAGAACUGCAUGCUCGCCCUGCAGGCCAUCAAGAACGAGGGCAUCUACCUCCUGGGCAUUGGACCCGAAGACAUCGUCGACCCCAACCUGAAGCUCAUCCUGGGUCUGAUCUGGACUCUCAUCCUCCACUACCAUCUCCAGGGCGGCGCUGGUCUCACCAGCCGAGGCGGUAACGGAGGCGAGAUCACCGCGGCGGGCGCGAGCGGCGCCGGGACCAAGUCGGGCGGCGUGGCCAAGAGCGGUCCGGCGAGGGCCAGAGGCGCGGCCAUGAAGAGCGAGCUGCUCGAGUGGGUCAAGUCCAAGUGCGAGCCCAAGGGCGUGCAGGUCACCAACUUCACCUCUUCGUGGCAGGACGGUCUGGCGAUUGCGGCCCUCGUGGAGAGCCUGCGCCCGUCCACGCUCGACCUGGAGGCCCUCAAGCAGCAGGUCAAGGGCGGCGACGUCGACGCCCGCCUCACCACCACCCAGCUCGCCAUCGCCAAAGCGGAUGAAGCGCUGGGCAUUCCUCAAAUUGUUGAGGCCGACGAUCUGGUGCUCAUGACCACGCCCGACGAGCUGUCGGUGCUGACCUACGUGGGCUACUUCCGCGCGUGGAGCGACUCAGACCCGUACCGCUGCAUGGUCAUGGGCCGCGGCAUCGAGGCCCCCACGCUGGGCGAGCCCAACCAGUUCCAGGUCUCCAUCUACGGCACCGUCAACAAGGAGCCCCUCGUGCUCAAGGACGACCAGAUGAAGGAUUUGGAGAUUGGGGUGACGGGCGACGAUGGCAAGUCGCUGCCGGUGAAGGUGGCCAACAACCACGACGGCACCUAUACCGUCGAGUACACGCCCACGACGCCCGGCGACUACGAGGUCGGCGUCAAGCUCUACAAGAAGCUGGUGAAGGGUCAUGGCCGCAUCAAGCUGCGCGGCAAUGCCGCGGCCUCGCUCAGCGCGGCCCACUGCGUGGCCGAGGGCAAGGGCCUCACCUCCGCCGCGGCCCUGCAGUCGGCCAACUUCAACAUCACCAGCUACGAUGCCAAGGGCAAGCGCGUGCUUGAGGGCGGCAACACCUUCACCGUCGAAUUCGCCGGCGAUUUCCCCGCCGACAAGACCCCCUUUGCCCACGUCCAGGACAAUGGCGACGGCACGUACUCGGUGUCGUACAAGCCCUUCGCCGAGGGCGACCACCAGAUCGCGGUGAAGCUCAACGGCGAGCACAUCAAGAGCUCGCCCUUCACGGCCAAGGUCGAGCGCGGCCCGUCGCCCGCCCACUGCGCCAUCACCGAGUGGAACGAGGUCCGGGGCGCCACCGGGCCCAAGGCCGGCGAGGCCGUGCUGCUCGACAAGCGCGUCUCGUUCGUGAUCGAGGCGCGCGACGGCGCCGGCAAGCGGUUCGACUCGGGCGGCCACAAGUUCGACGUCGACAUCAAGCAGGUCAACGCCCAGGGCCAGGUGGAGGAGGAGGGCUUCCAGGUCGACAACGCCGACGACGACGAUGGCGACGCCGCUGAGGUGCGCAACAUCGUGUUCUCGAACCAGCGCGACAACGGCGACGGCACGUAUCUGGUCAACUUCCUGGUGAAGGGCAAGGUCGAGGCCAACUACAAGCUCUUCGUCACGCUCGACCGCGAGCCCAUCCACGGCACCCCGCUCGAAUUUGCCGUCAAGCGCGCCGCCCUCGCCCCCGAGAAGUGCACCGUCGAAGGUUCGGGCCUCACGAAGGGCUUCACCCACAGGCCGUCGCACUUCACCCUCACCGGCCGAGCCGCCGACGGCCAGGCCAUGCCCAUCCCCAAGUCCGACGGCUACCUCGUCCAGGUCCUCGGCCCUGACCAGAAGGAGUUGCCCGUGCAUGUGGAGGACAACGAGGACGGCACGUACGACGUGUCGUACACUCCGACGGAGGUGGGUCCCCACCGCGUGUCAAUCCACGUCAAGAGCCAGUCGCUGUCCGGGAGCCCGUUCACGGCCCAGGUCGAGAAGUUCGUCGACGCCGCCAAGUGCGUGGCCGAGGGCGAGGGCCUGUCGGGCGAGGUCACCACCAACAAGCCGCUCGUCUUCACCGUCAAGCUGUUCGCGCCCAACGGCGAGCCCGUCCACGAGGGCGGCGACAAGGUCGACGUCAAGAUCACCUCCACCUCCUCGGGCAACGAGUUGAAUAACGUCAGCAGCGUGCGCGACAACAAGGACGGCACCUACACCGUGCGCUACUUCCUGCCGUUCACCGACACUUUCAAACUCGACGUCUCUCUCUACGGCGAGAGCAUCCAAUCGUCGCCGUUCCGCGUGACGGCGGUCAAGGGCAAGGAGGACUUUGCGUCGUUCGCGUGGGUGGCCAAGGACUCCACGGGCAAGGGCAUGGUCAAGUCCGUCGACGACUUUGCCAUCAACAUCGAGGGUCCCAGCGGCAAGGACAUCGAGGGUUGGCGCGGAGUGGACAUCGACGAAGGCGCCUACGGCGUGGACUUUGUGCCGACCGAGGGUCCCGGCAAGUACAAGAUCAACGUGCGACGCAACGGGAAGCACAUCCCCAACUCGCCCUUCAUCCUCGACCUCGGCGAGAAGAAGCUGCCCUCGACCAAGCUCGCCUUCACCGCCCGCCGCAAGGACGGCAGCCCCAUCAACGACGCCACCCCGGCGGACUUCAGCGCGGAGGUGCGCGGACCGGAUGACGUGGCAUUGGAGACGCAGAUCGUCGACGACGGCGCGCCCACCUUCGGCCUCAUCUUCCAGCCCAACGUUGCGGGCGUGCACAAGGUGGUGAUCAAGUACAAGGGCGAGGAGAUCCUCAACAGCCAGGCUAACGUCGGCGGCGCGCCCGGCGCCGCUGCCCCGCCCGCCACCCCGCCGCCCGAGAAAUUCCUGGUGCGGUUCCCCUUCACCCCGCUCAAGAAGGACGGCUCGCCCGUCAACGCCAAGUCGCCCUCCGAGUUCGUCGCCAAGGUGAGCGGACCCGACGACGACGUGGUGUCGAAUGAGGUGCAGGACCUGGGCGGCGGCAAGUACGCGGUCGCGUUCGAGCCCAAGCUCCCCGGCAUCCACACCAUCUCCAUCCAGCACCAGGGCGAGGAGAUCAAGGACGGCCCCUUCCGCAUCAACGUCGGAGGUCAGGCCAUGGGCGGUGCGGCGCAGCCGCCUGCUCCGGCGGCCGAGCAGCCGCGCAAGCAGUUCAUGCGGUUCCCGUUCACGCCCAAGAACGCCCAGGACGACUCCCCCAUUGUGCCCAAGAGCCUAUCGGAGCUCACCACCGAGAUCGCAGCUCCCGAUGGGUCGUCGGUGCCGGGCGAGGUGACGGACAUGGGCAACGGCCAGUACGGCAUCGUGUUCGAGCCCAAGGGACCCGGGCGCUACGUCAUCGGCGUCAAGCACAACGGACAGCACGUCAAGGACUCCCCGUUCCACAUCAACGUCGGCGGUCAGCCCGCCGCCGCCGCCCCUGCCGCGGCGGCUCCCGCCCCGUCGCAGCCCGCCCAGCAGCAGCAGCAGUCAGUCAAGUUCCCCUUUGCCUGCAAGCUCCAGGACGGCACUCCCUUCACGCCCAACUCGCUCAGCGAAUUCGAGAGCGAGGUGGUGGGACCGGACGACAAGGCGAUCAGCUCGCAGGUCGACGACAGGGGCGGCCAGCACGGCGUCGUGUUCGUGCCGGGUCCGCCCGGCCGCCACAAGAUCACCGUCAAGUGGAACGGCCAGCCCGUCCAGGGCAGCACCUUCGGCAUCAACAUCGGCGGCGGCAGUAAGCCCGCCGAGGCCCCCAAGCCUCAGGCCGCCGCUGCCUCCGCGCCCGCGCCCGCCACCGGCGGACCCCAGGAAAUCCAGACCGCCGGGCAGAAGAAGUUCACGUUCGUGUCGGGCAAGUCGUUCGCGCGCUUCCCGCUGGCGCCGGUGUCGGUCACGGGCCAGCCGCUGGACGACAGCGUGCCGCAGAUGGAGGUGACCGUGCACGACCCGGCCCAGGCGGAGAUCGGCUACAAGGUGAUCCGCGACGACGACGGCUUCGCCAUCCUCUUCCAGCCGCUCGUGCCGGGCGACUACACCGUCGCCGUGCGCCUGGCCGACCGCCACAUCCGCGACUCGCCCUUCACGGUGCCGAUCGGAACCGACCGCCAGCGCGAGCUGAUGGACAAGAUGGGCGGCGCGCCGCUGCCGCAGGCCAAGUUCAGCGUCACGCCCAAGUCGACGGCCGACGACGGCCGCACCAACCUGCUGGCCGACGUGGCCGGCGCGACGGCGGCCGACUUUGCGGUGACGAUCGAGGGACCCGAGGGCCAGGCCGUCGAGGGCCGGCUGGCCGCGGGCGCCGCCAGCGCCUCGACGCUGGACGUCGUGUUCAGGCCGCCCGUGCCCGGCGUCUACACGAUCCGCAUCGAGCACAAGACCCAGGGACCCAUCGUCAACAGCCCCUUCCGCCUCCAGGUCGCCCCGCCGCCCGGCAUGAGCGCCCAAUGA